AUGGAUCAGACCUACAAGCCCACGGAAUCGGCGCCUGCCGUACGAAUCAUGGUCCUAGAGACCGACAUACCUCACCCAGACACACAGUCGGCCCGCGGCUCCUUUGGCCAGAUACUACACAACCACUUCGCCAAAGCCGGACGCGCCCACCAUCCACCUCUAGAAGUAGAGACAGACCAAGUCUACGUGGUGACCGAAAAAGGUGGCCGAAUGCCAACCGUGGAUGAUUUUGACCGCUUCGACGGCCUCCUCAUCACGGGGAGCGUGUACGAUGCACAUGCGAACAACGAAUGGAUCCUACAACUGCUAGACCUCCUUAAAGCCCUCUGGAUCAAGCGCCCCGACUUCCACUUCGUGGGCGUCUGCUUCGGCCACCAGCUCCUUGCCCGCCUUCUCGGUGGAUCUGUUGCGCCUGCGCCCUCACAGGAUUGGGAACUCGGUCACUGUCGCAUCACGCUGACGCCCGUUGGCCAGCGUCUCUUCCGUUCGCGCAAAGACCACAUUUAUCUCCACCAGAUGCAUCAGGAUCAGGUUGUCGCGCCGCCUACUUCCGCGUCUGCGGGACCCGACAUGCUUCCCCCGAACACGGAGGUUGCUUGCUGGGGCCGUAGUGAGCAUACACCGGUUCAGGGAUUGUAUAUUCCGAACAGAUUAUUCACUACGCAGGCGCAUUUGGCCUUCGACGAGGAUAUGGUGAAGCGACAGAUCCAGAUCAGGGUAGAUAGUGGCGGGAUCAAAGACCUCGAGCAUGCGGAUCGGGCGGCUGAGACGGCACAUCUAGAGCAUGAUGGUGUUGAAGUUGCUAAGGCUGUACUGCGGUUGUUUUCAUAUGACCAUGACGAAUGA